CUCAAGAGAAUCAAUAUCGUCGUCACCUUGUUCUGGCAUCGUUAGAAUUAGCGGAAUUUGAGAUUAAAGCAGAACGAUUUAAACUUAGGCAUCCUCCUACGGGCAUCGUAACUCCUACGAUUCAAGAUUCUGUUAAGAACAAGUGCGCUGAGAUUGAGAAAAUAUGUAUACAGAUUUGUGAUGAAGUUCUUCCUAAGAUGAACGCUGAACAUUUUGAAAAAGAAUGCAAAUCGAGAGUUGAUAAAAUUCUUUUGGAAGUUUUGGAUCUUCAUGCAGCUGCAAUAAGAGAUAGACCUUUAACAACUGAAGAAAAAUUAGAAAUACAUGAAGCCAUGAAAUUUGAAUUGCAAGGAUCAGGGCAUUGGUAUCAAUGUCCUAAUGGCCACCCUUACACAAUUGGUGAUUGUGGAAAUGCAGACCAAGAAAGCCGUUGUCCGGAGUGUGGCGAGAGAAUUGGAGGCGAAG